AUGUUAACUCCACCUCCAAGUUACCUAAACUUUUGUUUAAAUUUUAACGGCAAUCUGGAAAAACGAAAAUCACCAAAUCACCGCUUGGAAACGGCCGUCAGCAACGGGAAACCCGUUUCGGCGAUGUUAGGCAUGCAGGCUACUUCUGAAGGCCAGCCCUUCUUCAUUCGAUUGGCUGCUUCUGAUGUGUUACUCUUGUCAACCAACACAGGAAGAAGAAGCAGCAGCAGAGUAGUUGCACUCUUCAUUUCAAUUCCUUUGGGCGUUGCUGUUUUGAGUAGUCUGUUGAUUGGAGCAUGGUUUUUACAGCGCAGGCGCGAGAGACUGUUUCAGAAAGUCGAGUAUGACACUCCAACAUCGCUUACAAUGUUCACCUACAAAGAGCUCAAAAUUGCAAGUAACAAUUUCUCCUAUAAGUUGGGAAAGGGGGCAUUUGGCUCUGUCUUCAAAGCAACUCUGCCAGACAAUACCCUCGUGGCCGUGAAAAAAUUGGAGGGUUCCGCACAAGCAGAAAAGCAAUUCCGUGCUGAAAUUAGCACCAUUGGAAACAUACAUCAUGUGAAUUUGGUGAGGCUCCGGGGAUUCUGCGUGGAGGGAUCUCAAAGAAUGCUUGUUUAUGAGUACAUGCAAAAUGGGUCUCUCAACUCUUUCUUGUCCGGCAAAUCCAUGGAAGAAGACAAGGUAUUAGACUGGAAAACUAGAUUUGGAAUCGCUUUGGGUACUGCAAGAGGGCUACUUUAUCUUCACGAAGAAUGCAGAGAUCACAUCAUCCAUUGCGAUAUCAAGCCAGAAAAUAUUCUUCUAGACAUGGAUUUCUCUCCAAAAGUGGCUGAUUUUGGGCUGGCAAAGCUUGUUGGCAGAGAAUUCAGCAGAGUUUUGACGACAACAAGAGGAACGAUAGGGUAUUUGGCUCCCGAGUGGCUGACCGGCGUGCCAAUAACUGUGAAGGUGGAUGUGUACAGCUUCGGCAUGACCCUGCUCGAAAUAAUCUCAGGCCGUCGAAAUAUUGACUUGAGAGUGCAGGAAUCUCAGUACUACUUCCCUACAUGGGCUGCAACUGAAAUUCACAAGGGAAACACGAUCGGUAUUGUGGAUGAAAGAAUUGCAAACAACGUGGAUGUUGAAGAGGUGGGGAGAGCAGCUAUGGUAAGCAUUCUGUGCAUUCAAAAGGACGAGAGUGGGAGGCCGAGCAUGGCCCAAGUUGUUCGGAUAUUAGAAGGAAAAUCAGAGUGUGAGGUGGAACCAUAUGAGAAGUCCCUGCAAGCGCUUGUCGAUGAUCAUUGAGCAGAAUAAAAUUGAACCAGGGGAGGCUGCUGAAUUGCUGAACUUUCCACCCAUAUGCAUAUAUG